AUGAAGUACUUAGCCGCAUACCUUUUGUUGCAACAAGGUGGUAACGCCUCUCCAUCUGCCGCUGAUAUCACUGCUCUGCUCGAGUCGGUUGGUGCUGAGAUUGAGCAAGAAAAGCUCAACUUGUUGCUCUCCUCUCUUGAAGGAAAGUCUGUCGAGGAGUUGAUUGCCGAGGGCUCUACCAAGCUUGCUUCUAUGCCAGCUGGUGGUGCUGCUCCAGCUGCUGCUGGUGCUGCUGCCUCGGGUGCUGCUGCUGAGGAAGCUGCUGCCGAGGAGGAAGAGGCUGCUGAGGAAGAGGAAGACGACGACAUGGGUUUCGGUUUGUUCGAUUAG